CUGCAAUUGAUCCGAUAACAAAUCACGCAAUUGUGAAAUCGGCGCGAACGCGCCGAUGUUAUCGUUCAUUGUUCUUGACUGUUCAACGAUCGUUUAAACGAGCGGCAUGACAAAGGAUUCAUAUAGAGGAGAAUUAUAUAACAGAUAAUAUCACACGCAACGGGAAAACGUCAUGUCAGAUAACCGUGCACUUAUUAUCCGGACGCCUAUUCAGCAACGAUUACACAUUAUCGCGCGCUACCUCUGUGAGCACAAAAUUGAUAUGUGUGAGAGGUGUGAAUGUCCUAUUAUCCUGUGAAUCGUUUAUCACGAUACCACGCGCAAGUUCGUGAAAACAUUUCAAUUGCGUUUGAUGUCCGAUAAGAGAAGGGGGGCCUUGAAUUUUUUUAAAUUGAACGUGAUAACGCCACAGUGUUCUAACUAAUUCACUGAUGUAACAGGAGACAGUCCAAGGAGUCUACCCGCGCUUGACGGUGACAUUCGCGUGUAUAUAUACUCCUGGCAGUACAAGCAGCAGCUCAUAAUCGUAUAUUGCAUUGCAAAGCACAGUACAUAUAUUACGUAGGACAAAGAUGGAUCACAUUAUACUUGCCACAAUCUUGUUCUUUCUUUCUGUGUGGAUUUUUCUUUGGUUUAACAAGAGCACGAAUCUGGGUUUAGAUAUAAAUUACGUUUGGAAACAAUGGUGGGCUCAGUUCUAUUUGAAAAACAUCAAAAAGAAAACAAAUAAAAGUAAAUCAUGCGACGACACCGCGAUAUAUUAUAUAAAGAAGAUCCUACAACCAUCUGUGACGGAUAAUCCCAAAACUAUUAUAGACGAGAACAGUUGCGAAAGUUUAUCGUUCUACGGCGCCGAUCAGAAGGGUAAUUCGUUAUGGAUCAAAAUGAAUCACAGAAGCUACCACAUGGUGGAAAUAAGCCUGCAAUUGAUUUUACCUGACGGCCGAGUCUACGUGCUACCUCAUUAUCCUGACACAGUUGCUAUGAGAGGCGCGGAUCAGAUAUGGUCGGCAAAUGGCCUGAAGAUUGAAGCGUUGGAACCCCGACAACGUUGGAGAAUCGUUUACAAUGGUCUCCUUCGAAACCAAUCUCGCGGAGACGCGUCCAACGACGACAGUGUGGAGCACAUUCGUUUGAACUUCAUAUUUAUGAGGCAUUCUCAAUCAUCGGAAUGGCCGGAAGACUGGAGUAAUUCUUUGCACGCGAGCGCUUUGGCGUACGAACCAUGGAAGGAUCCUUCUUGGAGAAAAAAAAUCAAAUUACUAGACUACACAGGCUUUGAUCAUUGGGGAUCCAUGAUCGGACAGGUAACGUUCAGCGAUUUGAGUGCGAGCACACUUUAUCUGCGAGGACUCUGCCAGCGACGUGGGGGUAAACACGAGUCUCACGAAUUCCAUCGAAUCGUCACGUUUCUCGGCGUGACAACGCACGGAGCCAUGUACUAUCUAGGCGUGAGCAGUACCAAACGCAGCUUUUCACACAUGUGUUUUGGCCACAUAUUGGAAGUAGGAGGAGUGAUAUCUAAAAUCGACUGGACCGAUCUGAAGCUGAGCGAUUUCGACAAAGGAGAUUCUGUUCCAUUGAACUACAAGAUUACAUUCAAAGCGGGUGGAAAGCAAUACAACGCUAUUAUCAACUACACGGUGGGCAAUCCAACGAUUUGCUACAACGGCCAGCCAUGGCAUUGGACGUACACAACUCGUAAUCUGCGCAUAGAGUUAAACAAUAACAAAGGUGUUGGACUGAUGAUUACAUCCUACCCGUACACCGGACCGAAGCAAACCAAAACCCCAGUCGCGAAACUUCAAUAUUUGACACGACCCGACACAUUCGCGCAAAAGGAUAAAUACAUUCUGCAUUUCACCGACAAACAGUGUCAAAAUGAAAACGUCGUUGGAGGAAAGGGAUAUUCUCUCGCAGUUCUGACAUCCAUCGUCACCGAUGACUUUGCAGUACCGGAAGGCUUUUGCAUAACGAGUCUCGCUCUGGAACGGCAACUGCAACAUCACCAACAGUUACAGGACUCGAUCGCCGAUAUAGUAGACAUCAGUUGCGGCAGAAAGAAGGAAGAUCUCAGGAGCUAUUGUGAAAAAGCGGUGUCCAUUAUUCAGAGCACUCCUGUCGAAGAAGAAAUUGUGAAAGUGAUAUUGGAAGGUUUAGAGAAGUUGAAAUCGUCCGUAAAUGAAGGGGAUGGUGCGCAGAUCCAGUACGCCGUAAGAUCUAGCGCGAUCGGAGAAGACAGCGAAGAAACUUCGGCCGCGGGUCAAAAUGCAACCUAUCUAGGCGUGAAGAACGCGAAUGACGUCGUGGAAAACGUUGCCAAAUGCUGGGCGAGCCUGUUCUCGCAUCAAAGUGUCGAAUACAGACGACAGAAUGGACUACCUAUAAGAGCGACUAUGGCUGUCUGCGUGCAGAAGAUGGUCGACGGGGAAGCGGCUGGAGUCAUGUUUACUAGACAUCCCGUAACUGGAGAUCCAUCGAGUAUUAUUAUUUCUGCCAACUACGGCUUGGGUGAGACGGUAGUAUCAGGGCUGGUCGAGCCUGAUACUCUGGAGAUUCAUAGAAAAUGGGAUGACACUCUAACGAUAAGUAGCUCGACAGUUGGUAAUAAGACGCUAAAGAUAUCGUUGAGCAAAGACGGCGUGACUAUAAGUAAUCUGAGUGAGCGGGAGACUAAGAGGAUCUCGAUAUCCGACGCGACCGCCAUGCAACUGGCUAAAAUAGGAUUGUAUUUGGAAUCAAUUUUUGGAUCAGCUCGAGAUGUAGAAUGGGCGGUUAUCGGCGGGCAGAUCUUUCUAUUGCAGGCAAGACCCAUCACUACCAUCUACGCGUGGACGGAUUUCGAAUUGAUGCACGAGCUGGAUGGAGUAGUGCCUUGCGACGUUGAUCUUUUGACUUUCGCCAAUGUCGGAGAAGUAUUUCCGCACUCCGUGUCUCCUCUAACAAUUUCGACAGUGUUAAAAAUUCUGAAUUUGUCAAUUGGCGCGAGAUAUAACAUAUUUCACAGUAAUCUUAUUCACACAAUCGGUAUGAGAUGCGUGCUAAACUACUUGGAUUCAUCUCUGCGAGAUGUUGAUGAGAAAGUAACUAUAUCGAAUAAAAUGAUAGACCUAGCCAUAUGCGGACGCAUCGUGAUGACGCCGGAAGUGCACCAAACUGCGAUAGAGAAAUACGGCGUCAUAAGCACUUGGCGGAAGAUAUAUUUCACGUGUGAUAUGAUCAGAGUGGCAUAUGCGAAUGAGGCGACAGUGAAAAGAGCGAUCGACAUCUUCAACAAAUACACUAUAGAUGCUGAUAAGUUUGAUACACCUCACGAUCUCUACAGUGCAAUAAGCAAGAAAUAUGAAGAAGUCUAUCUGAUAGGGAAAUAUCACAACAUGACGUCAUAUUCGAAUAUCGUUUACCAGAUGAUAAUAAUGUCGGUUUUAACGUGGGGAAGCAGCGACUUCACGUCCGAUCAUUUCGCGGACAUCGCCGUUCUGCUGAGUUCGUGCACCAAUGUUAUCAGCACCCAGGUGCCGAUAGCCCUCGGUAAAAUAGCGACAUGCAUCAGACAGUGCGGUAAAGCGGAGGAGUUUAGUAAAAUCGAACCCGCGAAAGCUUUAGAUUGGUUGAAAUCGAAUUGCCCUUCUGCCGCGGAAAAAUUACAGAACUUCUUUGACGUGCAUGGCCACAGAGCUCUUCAGGAAUUGGACCUCUUCGCGGAGCCGUGGAUAUUUAAACCCGAUAGUAUUAUUAAUAUGAUACAGACACUAGCGAUGUCUUCCGAAGAGAAUCACGCGAACAAAACGCUUAGUGUGGAGGAAACCAUAGCGUCUCUGAAGACGGACAUAUCGUCGUUCGCCAGGAGGAUUCUACGAUUCAUAAUACCUCUCUCUCGAAAAGCCGUCACGCGCAGAGAAAUGACGAAGAGCAUAAUUGCGUCUAUGUGUCACAAAUUGAGAGUAGCUUACAAGCGACUCGGUGCUCUGAUGGUUGCGGAAAAUUUUAUACCCGAUGAAGACUUCGUAUUUUUUCUGACACACCAAGAGAUUGGGCAACUUCUGAAUAAUCACAACGCACAUCUUGUACGAAAAGCAUUACGCAGAAAAAAGAUUUAUCAUCAAGCAGCGAAGCUUGAGUAUCCGGAAUUUGUUAUCGGCAUGCCCGAACCAAUAGAGAAGACAUUCCAUCCCUCAUCUCAGAAAGAGAAGUGCACCAAGAUCAAUGGUACUUCAGUUUGUACGGGUUCCGUAGUGAGCAGAGCAUGCGUGAUAACUGAUUUGUCCGAAGCGAAGAAUAUACAAAACGGAGACAUUUUGAUUACGCACUGCACCGAUAUCGGCUGGAGCCCAUAUUUCCCGUUAUUAACCGGAAUCGUAACAGAACUAGGCGGUCUUAUAAGCCACGGCGCCGUCGUAGCGAGGGAGUAUGGCCUCCCCUGCAUCGUUGGCGCUAAAAACGCGACAAAAGUGUUUAAAACGGGCGACAUGGUACUAUUAGCUGGGAAUGUCGGUGUUUUGGAAUUAAUUCAAAAAGCCUAAUUAUGGUAAACGGGACUUAGUGUUUAAGAUUUUAAAUAUACCUCAGAAACAGUACAAAGUUUUAUAUGGAUUUUAACGCAUAUAGAUAUUCUGCCGAAAAUUAUCUAAUUUCUAUAAGAAAUUGUGAAAUAAAGAUUGCAACUUGCAAGUAUAGAUCAA